AUGGAUACACCUCCUUUGGAACCACCUCAAUCUGCAUCAGUUCAAUCUGACACACCUUCCUCCGACUCAUCUCAAUUGGCACUACGUCCUGCCUCAGAAGAGGAGCCAUCCCAGCUGACCCAUUUGGAAAUGGCUCCAUCCAAUAGCAAUUCACCAGGUCUUUCACAAAUUGUCAUUCCUGACAGUGAGGCAGAGCAUGAGAAUCACAUAGCCCAUAUUACCAACACCAUCUUUGCCAAAAGGAUGAGCCCCCAGGAGUUUAUCAUUGUGGUCAGCCCUUCAGGCAAAACCCUUGUCACUCAAGACCCCCAACCAACCCAAAGCAUUCUUGUCAAUAGAAGCCUCAACAUGGUCAACUACUUGCAGAGUCAGAACCUGACUGUCUACGAGUUCAUUCUCAGCAUACUAGAUUGUUGCAACCAGUCUCUCACACCAAAUCAAUGUUCUUUCUGUGGAACUGGGACAUACUCCUGCAUGGUCAUCUGCGGAGUGUUCAUAGGCCUCUGCAAUCUGAUUUACCCCACUGGAAAUGAAGAGCACAUUUGGCGUGAAAUCAUCCAACCCAAGAUGUGGCAUAUGAAUGAAUACAUGAUAUUAAUGGAGGUUUUACCAAAGGACAGUAAUGAGUAA